AUGGGGCUGUACAGCCAGGAGCAGACGAGGGUGCCAGGAGCAACACUAGUAACUGUACUCGUGGCCCCGCGUCCGCCCGGGCCGACCUUGCCGACGGCCCGGCUCCCAGGGGCAGAGCUGGUCCACACGCUCCUGCAGCUCUACCGAUACCUGCUGCGCUGUUGCCGACAGCUGCCCACCAAGGGCAUGCAGGAGCAUUACAGACACGCUGUCAGGCAGAGUUUCCAGGUUCAUUCAGAUGAAGACAGUCCUGAGAGAAUCCAGCAGAUUAUUAAAAGAGCCAUUGAAGAUGCUGACUGGAUCAUGAACAAAUAUAAAAAGCAAAACCGAGACUCAGAGUGAAGCCACGCUGAAGGCCCUGAGAUGAGAGGCCUCCUGGAAGGGAGCAGCAGCAGCAGUUCGGGACUCUCCACUGUCCUGCUGGUCGAGAGAGCAGGACGCCAGGUGUGGGAGCAGCUGGCAUUUGCUCAAAUGGCUCUUAGGCUGUUUGUGACCCCGGUGACCUUUACGUUUGCUUUUCCAGGCAGUUCUGAUGGGAAAUUUGGGGAGAAUGUGUUUUGUCACUUUGUUCUGAAAGUGAUUCGUUUAUCCUGGAUGUCCUUCUUUGAGACCCAAGUGGGCGUCCCCUCAGAGGGCGGCCUGUAUGGAAGGCAGGGCAUGGGUGUCAGAACCUGACAGAUCUGGAUUUGAAUCCCAGCUCAGCGGCUUUUCAAGGGCAUUGAUUUUGAGCUUGGUUCCUCUCUUGUGAG